UGUUUGACACACUGGAUGAUGGCUUCAGGGGCCCCCGAGAUGGUCACUGCUCUCUCUGUGGAGUUAGGUAGCAUGUCACCUGCAACCUGAACUUGUGCGCCUGUGGACUGGAGCGGAGGCAGUGCUGUCCAAACCCAGUCUCCAGUUGAGUGCUGACGCACAACAGAUCCACGAUCCCCAGAUUCCGACAACCUGUGGCUGCAGGAUUCCAUCAUCCAUCCUCGUCCAGUCUCUUCUUAUGGAAACCCACGCUCGGGAGCCGACAAUCGUCGCUUCAUUCUCACUGAUCUGAAUCCGCGAAAACCACCUGUCCCACAUUUUUUGAACGCAACUUAACAAUGAAUGGUCUAGGAGAUGAAGGUGAAGCGGUGACCCUGCAGGAAUUAAAGUGAGUCACCGGAGGAAAGAGUAGACAAGAGGGGAAAGCGGAGGAAGAGGAGAAAGAGGAGGCGCGGACGACCCAGAGAAGGUGUUCGAAGGUGCGCGCCGGAGAUGGAGAGGGUAGUGACCGCGAUUCUUCACCUGGACCCCGGGCUGUUGCUGCUGCUGGUGUUUCUGGCCUGUAGUCACACACCACAGAUGGUCAAAGCAACUGUGCCAGCGGCCCCUGUGAAUAUAUCAGUGACCCAGCUGAGGGCACACUCGGCCAUGGUGACCUGGAACGUACCACUGGGUGAUACUGUCAUUGGCUACGCCAUCUCACAACAGAGACAGGAUGGCCUGAUGCAACGCUCCAUCAGAGAGGUCAAUUCGUCGAGCCGCUGGUGUGUGCUGUGGGAUCUGGAUGAGAACACCCACUACAGCGUGCAGGUGCAGUCUGUUGGUCCCCAAGGUGACAGUCAGCCCAGUCAUGCCAUCCACUUUAGAACUCUGGAGAGGAGCGACCAUUAUCCGGCCGGAGUCCUGGAUCACCAUGAACCAGCGAUGGAAGGCCUGGGUAUGACCCCUCACCUGCAGACAGGAGAGCUGCUCAUCAUCACCACUGUGCUGCUGCUGUGGGCAGGUCUGACUGCAUGUGUCUGUUCACACUCCGUCAUCGCCCUGUUCUGUCGACAGUAUGACAUCAUAAAAGACAACGACUCCAACGGCACAAGAGAAAAAGCCAAGAGGCCUCUGGUCCACGCCACCUCCUCCUACUACAACCCAUCACCGGGCCACUCGCCCAUCUAUCACAACGGGGCCGUGCGCAGCAGCAGGCUCCACAGAGCCUCCUCCUCCAUCAGCAUCAUCCGUGUCUGACUUCUGAUGCUGCUUUAACGACUUCCUGCUAGUCACUAGUGGGGUUGACAACGUGCAACCGCAGGCAGAGGGCGCCACUGAGAUUAAUGAUCCUGAAAGAUGGAAAACCUCCAGAUUCAUUGCAUGAGCGACUCUGUUUCAGUGUAAAAAGGAAAAGGAAUUAAGGAGUUCCUGCGAACUGACUUCAAGUCGAUUUGGAGUCCUCCUCUGGAUGAUCACGUGGUAGAAGUAUGUCAUCUAGUGGUAAGAUGGGAGCAUCAUUUGGAUGGUUAAAGAUGCACAUUCAAACGAUUUACUGUGGUGUAAAUAUUUCUCCUGUGAUGUCAAAGAAUAAGUAAAUAUAAAUGUUUGGCAGCAUGUCGGCCACAUCAUGUCUGCAUUAGAUUAAUCAAGUGUUCAACGCUGUCAGGUGUGUGCGUUUGUGUCACUACCAGGUUCCUAGUUUUCUUUUUCUUUUAUAAUAAGAACUAACCUUAAAACAUGUUUGUAUAUGGGGUAAAUAUAAAAAUGUCACUGGAUACUAAAAAAAACGAGUUGAUUUUAUCCAUUUUGUUGCUCUAAAAGAACAGCACCUAAAAAAAAAGAUGAAAUUCAGGUUAUGUGCAUCCACUGCAUCCUUCAAUGCAACAAUCUGAACAAUAGUACAACGCUGAUGGAGAAAACCAUAACUGUGACGAUAUGUUUUGUAGACUGAGAGUGAUAUACCUUGUGUUAGGAAGUCCAGCAGUUGUGAAAGUAAAAGUAUUUUACUUUUGUAUUGUAUUUAUUUAUGAUUGACAUAUGCUUUUUCUUCUGAUUAUUUCGACUGUGUUUAUGUAGCACAGAUGCUUAAUUCGAAGAUUAUGAUUAUAACAUUUGUUUUAACUUUUAAAAAGUAUUAUUUAUUAGUAUUUGUAGUUUUAAUAUAAUUUACUGCAAAAUGAGGAUGCAUUGCUAUCUUUGGUAAGAUCAGAAACCGGUGUCACUAUUUUGGGGUCAGAGGGCUGUACAACAAUAAAAAUAAAAUAUAUAUGUUUUUGCUAAACAAACAAUUGUAAUUUCCAUGUCAUUUCACUGUUUCUAAUGUUAUCUAUAGUAAUGUGUAAACAUGCUUGAUUAUGUCAAGGAACUAGUCAUAAGGUCAAAGGAGACUCU